CCCAAGCCCUUGUUCUUUCCAGCAGACUUACUUACUCUAUGCAGAGUACUGUACUAAGCGCUUGGGAAAGCACACUACAGCAGAGUCGAUAGCGGUGAUCCGGGCCCAUAAGGAGGAUAGCAUCGACGGGCUCUUCCCUUAAAGGCAAACUAUGAAGAGUGAGUUAACCAGACACUGGUGUUUUCAGCCCUACUAGCCCAUAAGGGUAGGGUUUUUCUGUCACCACUGAAACUCCAGAUGGUUCUCCAUUGAAGACUCCUGAAAGUUUCCAAGAAAAGAAAAACACAAUCCAUCUGCUGCGACCCUGACCAAGGAGGCUUUGAGCAAACUGGUGGGGAUGAGGAGAAAGGGUUCUGACCAGGGACUCUUCCUAGCCCGUCGGAUCCAUCCAGAAGCAUUUUCCAAUCGCUCAGAGGUGAUUUGACAGUUGCUAAGAUCCCAUCCAACUGUGCAAAUGGAGCUGAAAAGAUCAGUGUGUGACCACAGCGCACAGCCUCCAGUUCCAUGAGUAGCAUGAAUGAACCCCUACUCUGCUAAGUUUGGGGGAGAGUGCGGCAGCAAGAGUAGAUGUGGUUGCUGCCUUCAGAGAGCCUCCAAUUUACAAAGGGAGGCAGACGUUCCAAUGAAUUACAGAUGAGGCAGCUGAGGCGCAGAACAGUGACCUGUGUCAAAGAAAACCUCACGGACUCGGCAUUGUCUUCAAGCAGAGAGACACAAGCCUGCGGUUGGGCUCAGAAGAGCGGCAUGGCUGGGGACUGGAGGAUUGUGGGGCUGCUCUUCCUGCACCUUUUAUUCCCUCAGACAGAGCAGGCAGUAUUUCUAUCACCUGCAAGAGCCAAUAAUGUUAUGGCAAGACAGAAGCGCGCCAGGUCCUAUCUUAUCGAGGAGGUUUUUGAAGGAAAUUUGGAGAGAGAAUGCCUUGAAGAAAGAUGUGAUUACGAAGAGGCCAGGGAAGUAUUUGAAGACAAAGCAACCACUGACAGAUUUUGGAGCCACUAUUCAGGUGGGCGAAAAUGUGCCUCAAACCCCUGCCUAAACGACGGAAAGUGCCAAGACAACAGCUACGGUUACAUCUGUCUCUGCCCGGAAGGAUAUGAAGGAAUUAAUUGUCAACACGGGAGCAGUAAAUGUCACCCCUUGACUCGAGGGGGCUGUCAACAAUUCUGCUACCCGGGGGUACGGUCCUUCAAGUGCAGUUGUGCAAGCGGCUACACACUUGGGGAGGAUGAGAAAUCGUGCUUUCCAAAAGAGGAGUGCGCAUGUGGAAUUCUGGAUCAGAAAGGUAACAAAACUGUCUUGGAAACCAAGGAGGCUCACCAUGAGUUCCUGUGGCAGGUGAAACUGAUGAAUUCAGAAGGAGAGGAGUUCUGCGGCGGGGUAAUAUUAAAGAAAAAUUUUGUGUUGACCACAGCUGAAUGUGCCCGCACGUAUGAAAACAUCAGCGUAGUAAGUAGUAACGCCACCGUGGACCCAACGCCGCUUGACGUUCACGUUCAGAGGAUCCACGAACACAUGCACUACGACCGGGAGACGGGAGAAAAUAACCUGGCGCUGCUAGAGCUGGCCGAGCCCAUUCGGUGCCGGGGCGGCCGAGUCCCCAUUUGCAUCCCCGAGAACGAUUUCGCCUCCUACGUUUUAAUCCCCAGGAUGUUGGGUGUGGUCAGCGGCUGGACGGUCGACGGAAACCAGCUGAGGGACUGGACGGUGGGAUGGGCCCACUCCCAUCUGCCCCACAAGGAAUGCGAACGGGAGGUGAACGGGACCGUGACGUCCAGGAUGUUCUGCGUGAAGGCGAGGGGUUUGGCGGCGAAGCCGCUGGUGAAAGGAAGUAUCGUGGCGACGGUAGACCGCAAGGCUUGGUUUCUGCUGGGGAUUCUGAACUCUCCGCCCGCCCAAGAGCCCGGACAGAGUCUUCUUUUCACCAAGGUUGCGAGAUACUCGCUGUGGUUCAGAAAAAUAAUGGGAUAAGUGCGUUCCAGCGCGCGGGGGCCUCCCUCCAGCUUCAGAUCAGACCACCGCUCUUAGCGCCUUGAGAACCAACUGAAAAAAUUCAUUCAGUCGUAUUUACUGAGCGCUUACUGUGUGCAAAGCACUGCACUAAGCGCUUGGGAGAGUACAACAGGCACAUUCCCUGUGCACAACCUGCUAACACCUCCUCCCUGAUGAAGGCCCUCUACAACGUAAGCUCGUUACGGGCAGGGAACGUUUCCACUGGCUCUGCUGUAUUGUACUCUCCCAAGCACUUAGUACACAGGAAACGCCCACUAAAUACCACUGAUUGGUAAGUCUUCCUUUCCCCUACUCACUCUCCCUUUUGCACUUAGUCCUGUACCCCUUAAACACUUAAAGGGCACCCUACUUUUCACCCCAUAGCCCUUAUGAACUUAUCUGUAUUCUCUGCCAUUUCCCCUAUCCAUAUUUAUUUCAGCGCCUGCCUCCGCCUCUAGACUGGUAAGCUCAUUGUGGGCAGGAAUCCUGUCUGCUAAUUCUGUUGUACCGUACUCUGCAAAACAGUAAGAGCUCAAAAAAUAUCACUGAUUAAUUACUGCCGAUGGCUCAACAGAAUAUUCACCAACGAAAAAGUAAUUCGCACUGUGACGACGAUGAAAAGGUAUCUCCAACUAGAAGUCUUACUUUUCUUUUCUAUUAGAGCUUUGUGACCAUUUUAGUCCUGGAGUCAAUCUAAAUCAUUUGUCUUGCUGCCAGUUAAACUUAUUACAGUUCAAUGGUUUGAAAUUCUAAUUUUAAGGUACUGUCAAAUGUUUAAAAUAAAUUUUUCCCAUUACCUCUCA